AUGAGACAAGCCCAUACUGGGAACAUAUGGCUAAAUUUUGAUGAAAAAUACACAAUUAAGGCAGGUUACCAUUGGUUGCACCCAGAAGGAGAGAAAGUUAUAUGGCACAAUUGGGUUUGGAACUCGUUCUAUGUUUCUAAACACUCGCUCAUAUCAUGGAUGGAUGCUAAAGGAAAGCUAAGAACUAGAGACAAGCUGGUGGCUGUAGGAGUCAGUAGUGAUAACAAUUGUGCCUUGUGCAAUCAAGCUACUAAAGAUUGCCAUCAUCUCUUUUUUAGAUGCCCUUUUAGCAAGAUGGUGUGUACUGGCCUUUUGCAGUGGUUGGGCAUAAGGAAUUUAGUAAUUGAGUUUGUAUACACACACUGGAAGAAAUGGGGUAGAAAUCAUGGGAGUAAAAGGAGGCAGAAGAUUGGCUAUGUUAUUUUGGCUGCAGUAGUUUAUGAAGUGUGGAAGGCUAGGAACAGUGCUAUGUGGAAUCUCAAGGUUCCUUGUCCUAAAGUUGUUGUAAGAAGAAUAUAG